AUGAGCAUGGUGAAAGUGGCACAUAUCACCUAUGGCUGUUUACAGGUUCAUUUUGGUAUCAGCGCUAAGAACACUUGGUCCGAAAUUGAUGGUGCUUUCAACUACCGGGAAUUCUACAACAACAUCAUCGAGCUUAUCGAAGAUUCACCUGAUCCGGACUGGAAAGAAGACCUCCUCAAAGCUUGGAAUGUAAAAUUAUUCAAGAACGAGGAGGGCCAUGACAACAGCAGUACUAGAGAUGAUGAUAAAAUCUCUGGCUCUUGCAAAGGCGGGGAUAAUGAUCUAGCAAGAGUCCAUGCUCAAAUGACAGCACAUCAUACAGCCAAGGCAAUCUCAACACCACCAACUCCAGCCCCACUUUGUGAGCCAACUUCACCACCACCUCGCAAGCCAGCUUCACCUCCACCUCAUGAGCCAACUCGAACUCGAACUCCACCUAAGCCAAAGCCAGCAGUGCCUGCACGUGCUGAGUUGCAUGUCCCAAGUGAUUUGACAGAAGCUGAGUCAUGCAAGGAUUUCGAACCUAUGCAGAUUGCAACCAAGCACAAGGCUAAGAAGGCUGGCGGCCAUUCAACAAAGUGCAAGUCACCCGCACAAACACCAGCACAACAAAGUUCAAGGAAGUAG